AUGGCAUCUCUAGGCAACCCAAGAAGUUGGGUUCCAUACAUGAACAACAAAGAUUGUUCUCAAGGAUUUUGUAGCCUGUAUUGUCCACAGUGGUGUUAUGCAAUCUAUUCUCCUCCUCCUCCUCCCUUUGAAUUCCCUUAUGAUGAUUCGAGUCCAAAUUUAUCCCCUCUAGUCAUUGCAGUCAUUGGAGUCUUGGCAAGCGCUUUUCUCCUUGUGAGUUACUAUACCAUAAUAUCCAAGUACUGUGGGAGCAGGGAGUUUUCACAAAGCGAAAACCUUGAAGUAAAUGUUGAAUUUGAAGAGGAUCACAAUCCCUCACUCCAUGAACCAUGGCAAGCUUCAACCAUUGGCUUAGAUGAGGCUUUGAUUAAGUCCAUAACUGUUUGCAAGUACAAGAAAGGUGAUGGGCUGGUUGAAGUGACAGAUUGCCCUGUUUGUCUCAGUGAGUUUCAAGAUGAUGAAAGUGUUAGACUCUUGCCAAAGUGCAGCCAUGCUUUUCAUCUUCCUUGCAUUGACACGUGGCUCAAAUCUCACUCUAGUUGCCCUCUAUGUCGUGCUAGCAUAUUCACCUUUAAUGCUACAAAUGCAACACUUCAUGUGCCAGCCACACUAAUGGAACUCCCUUCAAGGAAUGAAACUUCUUCAGAAAACCAACAUGCAGAUGAAAACAUAGCUGAUGCAAGAGAAUUAGAUGCUGUGGAAGAAGAAAUUGCACCCGGUAGAGCAGUUCCAAAGACUGCAUUUGCAUUGCGUGCUUUAAGUGAUCUAGGAAAUUUGCGUGGGAGAAAUAGCAUAAUUGAGAUCAGAGAUGACGACUAUGAUUCUGUUAGAAGGUCAGUUUCUAUGGAUCAUUCGUUUCAAAAUGUUCUGUCAGUUUCUGAUGUUUUGCAUAUGAAUCAUGAACAAGAAGGAUCCUCAACUGGGGUUGGUACAUCAAAGGGAUCAAGAGGUGAAAGUAGUAAGUCUAGCUAUAAAAGACGGGUGUUGCAUUGUGUUUUGAGUCCAAUUGCUAUGAAGAGAUCAUUUUCCAGUGGAAGAUUCUCCCUUAGCGGAAAUGGUAGAGGAAGGCAUGGGAUUUUGCCUGUCUAA